CUCGCAAAUAUCUUCUCCAAACCCCGGAGCACCUAGCAAGGUAAACGGCUUCAGCAACACUGGAACUUAGGUCAUCACAGUGUUAUUAUAUUAUUUUCAAUUCAGUGCCGUUUACCACCAUUUGAAACUGGAUUCUGUCAUAUUUGUUCGCAUCAAUUAACAGAAGUAGUCUUCAUAAGGUAACAAAAUGUCUGCUUUCGUUGCCAGUUUCAUUCAUCAACAAAAUCACGGCGAGGAUGACUGACACGGAGAUCGAGGGUCCGGGGAGACACAGGAACGGUGAUGUGCUCGCAGAAUCGGCGACAAAAAGAGAUGAUGUGUUUGAUGAAACGUACAAAGAGAAAGAAGGUCCUAAACCUUCCAUGAUAAUCGUGUGGAGAAAUAUCAUAUUGAUGACUUUAUUGCACAUUGGAGCCGUGUACGGCAUCACCCUCGUCCCAUCUGCUCACGUUUUGACCUGGGCUUGGUUUGUGUUUUGCUUUUUAACAAGUGCUUUAGGAGUGACUGCGGGGGCUCACCGGCUAUGGAGCCACAGGUCCUACAAAGCCUCGUUACCUCUCAGAAUCUUCCUUGCCACUGCCAACUCCAUGGCCUUUCAGAAUGAUAUCUUUGAAUGGGCUCGGGACCACAGAGUUCACCACAAGUUUUCAGAGACCGAUGCCGACCCGCACAACGCCGUCCGAGGGUUCUUCUUCGCCCACAUCGGUUGGCUCCUGGUGCGUAAACACCCGGACGUCAUUGAGAAGGGGAAGAAGCUGGAGCUCAGUGACUUGAAGGCUGACAAGGUCGUCAUGUUCCAGAGGAAAUAUUACAAGAUGUCAGUGGUGCUGAUGUGCUUCUCCAUCCCCAUGUUUGUUCCUUGGUGCCUGUGGGGAGAGAGCCUGUGGCUGGGCUACUUCGUGCCGGGUCUGCUGAGGUACACCCUGGUUCUGAACGCUACCUGGCUGGUCAACAGUGCUGCCCACAUGUGGGGAAACCGGCCCUACGACACCAACAUCAACCCCAGAGAGAACAAGUUUGUCACCCUUAGUGCCAUAGGUGAGGGGUUUCAUAACUAUCACCACACCUUCCCAUAUGAUUACGCAUCAAGUGAGUUUGGCUGCAAACUGAACCUGACCACCUGUUUCAUCGACUUGAUGUGUUUCCUCGGCCUGGCAAAGGACCGCAAGAGAGUGUCCCCUGAAGUAGUGCUGGCCCGGGCUCAGCGCACUGGGGACGGAAGCACCCGGAACCGGAGUGGCUAGGAGGUUUUCCCCCAAUCUCAAAAAAUCUCCAAAACAAAACCAAUCUAAUAAAAAAUACAUAAGAUAUAAAACCGACAGAAGUUUAGUUUGCAGUGUAAUUUUGAGAGAUGCUUCUCUAUCUUGUAGCUACAGUCACAGCUUCACUCUUCUCCUUUGUGAGCUUUUUACGCGUUUCCUAAAGAGUUCUUAAAGAUUCAUGUUAGCUUUUAAAAUAAGGACUUUAAUCAACUUUACGUUAUACUGUUUCAUUUCUUCUUCGCUGCAGCAAAUAGUCUGUUGUGUGAAAUGGUACAAAUCUGUCUGUUGCCAAAGCUGGUAUGCUGCCAUUGGUCGAGCCUCCCUCCUGCUGCCAUUGGUCGAGCCUCCCUCAUGCUGCCAUUGGUCGAGCCUCCCUCAUGCUGCCAUUGGUCGAGCCUCCCUCAUGCUGCCAUUGGUCGAGCCUCCCUCAGUAGGCUGGAGGAGGUGUCCAUGAGCUGUGAAUGCUUCUUCUGCUGUAAUGUUACAUUGAUGUUGCAAAGGCAAUCAAUCCACAGUUUCUCUUUAAUAUUACUGUCAAAUAUUAAAGGAGAGAUUUGAAAAAUAAGAAAGCUUUUUAAAAAAAAAGAAACAUUUUAAACUUGUUUGUUGUGACACCUUUUAAAUCUCCCGUCUUGAAGUGAAGCUGUCAGUUGUGUCCAUAGCUUUCAUGUAAUGUGGGUCGUGCAACCAACACAGAUACUUUUAUAUUCUUAAAGUAACUGUCCAGUGAAAGUCUCACUUUUUAAAAGGUCAUGUUCUGUUUACUCAAACCCAAAGAAUGUUGCGGACUCGUCCUAGACUUGUAUUUGUGGACAAAAACAUAAAUUGGGAGGAAGAGAAGACAAAAAAACACUUCAAAAACUCAAACUUCAAAGUUAUAUCUCAAACAGACGGUUUAAAAAAGCCUUGCUAUUUCCUCAUAGAGUAUGAAGUGCUGGCCUAUCAGCGGUUUACUCACAUGAAUAUUUUUACUGACCGGUAGAUACGCCCACACCAUUCCAACACAGAAAAGCUGCUUCAUUUUUUUU